UGCGGAGAAUUUGAUGUGGAACACAGUGAAGAAUUGGUGCUGAACACAACGUACGGAUCAGUGAUGAACAUAACUUGCAAGGCUGGGUAUAAAAUACUUGGCGACCCUUCAGUAACGUGCCGUUCUGAUUCAUUUUGGAGUCCGUUUCCACUGUGUGUUCCUAUUGAUUGCGGGCGCCCACCGGUUCCAAGAAAUGCAUUUGCGAACUACACAUUGACGGUCUAUGGUUCAAAUGUCACGUUGUCAUGUGAAGACGGGUACACUUUAAUUGGCAAUGAGACUAUGUAUUGCCUUCCUAGCGGAUGGAAUGGGUCAGCGACGUGUCAAAUUAAAGAUUGUGGCAACAUGACGGUGUUGAAAGGUAUAUUGGAAACCCCAGGCGGUACGUUAUUUGGUGAUCUAGGAUUUGUAAGAUGUAAUGAAGGUUAUUCCAAUAGAGGCGAUAAUUUGCUACAAUGUGACAUGAAUGGAAACUGGACAGGCGAGCCAAACUGCACUAUAUUUGAUUGUGGAAAUCCAUCUCCUAUAAAUGGCGCGGUCAAUGUGUCAACGUAUACAUUUGGGACGGUUGCAGAAGUAAAUUGUACCGUAGGGCACACUAUAACUGGCAAUUCUGUUAUAACGUGUGGCAGUAACGGUAUUUGGUCUGACUCACCAAUAUGUGAUCCAGCAGAUUGCGGACACAUGUACGUAUCGCAUGGACUUGCAAACUAUUCAACAACCGUACUGGGGUCUGUGGCAAAACUGAGCUGCGACGUUGGUUACAACUUAACUGGAGAUAGUACCAUAGCCUGUACGCAGGAGGAUGGAACGGCACCGCAAUAUGGCAAUAUCAAAGAUGACGAAACUUGGACCCAAUUCCCAAAUUGUAGUCUCAUUGAUUGCGGAGAAUUUGAAGUGGAACACAGUGAAGAAUUGGUGCUGAACACAACGUACGGAUCAGUGAUGAACAUAACUUGCAAGGCUGGGUAUAAAAUACUUGGCGACCCUUCAGUAACGUGCCGUUCUGAUUCAUUUUGGAGUCCGUUUCCACUGUGUGUUCCUAUUGAUUGCGGGCGCCCACCGGUUCCAAGAAAUGCAUUUGCGAACUACACAUUGACGGUCUAUGGUUCAAAUGUCACGUUGUCAUGUGAAGACGGGUACACUUUAAUUGGCAAUGAGACUAUGUAUUGCCUUCCUAGCGGAUGGAAUGGGUCAGCGACGUGUCAAAUUAAAGAUUGUGGCAACAUGACGGUGUUGAAAGGUAUAUUGGAAACCCCCGGCGGUACAUUAUUUGGUGAUCUAGGAUUUGUAAGAUGUAAUGAAGGUUAUUCCAAUAGAGGCGAUAAUUUGCUACAAUGUGACAUAAAUGGAAACUGGACAGGCGAGCCAAACUGCACUAUAUUUGAUUGUGGAAAUCCAUCUCCUAUAAAUGGCGCGGUCAAUGUGUCAACGUAUACAUUUGGGACGGUUGCAGAAGUAAAUUGUACCGUAGGGCACACUAUAACUGGCAAUCCUGUUAUUACGUGUGGCAGUAACGGUAUUUGGUCUGACUCACCAAUAUGUGAUCCAGCAGAUUGCGGACACAUGUACGUAUCGCAUGGACUUGCAAACUAUUCAACAACCGUACUGGGGUCUGUGGCACAACUGAGCUGCGACGUUGGUUACAACUUGACUGGAGAUAGUACCAUAGCCUGUACGUCAGGAGGAUGGAACGGCACCGCAAUGUGCAAUAUCAAAGAUUGUAAGGCGAUCCAGUUUGAAAACGGAAGCGUCAGUCUCCCAAGUAAUUCCACAUACGGUUCGUACGCCGUGUUUAACUGUAAAGAAGGGUACACUUUGGCUGGUCCACAAAUCGCCUAUUGCCAAGAUGACGAAACUUGGACCCAAUUCCCAAAUUGUAGUCUCAUUGAUUGUGGAGAAUUUGAUGUGGAACACAGUGAAGAAUUGGUGCUGAACACAACGUACGGAUCAGUGAUGAACAUAACUUGCAAGGCUGGGUAUAAAAUACUUGGCGACCCUUCAGUAACGUGCCGUUCUGAUUCAUUUUGGAGUCCGUUUCCACUGUGUGUUCCUAUUGAUUGCGGGCGCCCACCGGUUCCAAGAAAUGCAUUUGCGAACUACACAUUGACGGUCUAUGGUUCAAAUGUCACGUUGUCAUGUGAAGACGGGUACACUUUAAUUGGCAAUGAGACUAUGUAUUGCCUUCCUAGCGGAUGGAAUGGGUCAGCGACGUGUCAAAUUAAAGAUUGUGGCAACAUGACGGUGUUGAAAGGUAUAUUGGAAACCCCAGGCGGUACGUUAUUUGAUGAUCUAGGAUUUGUAAGAUGUAAUGAAGGUUAUUCCAAUAGAGGCGAUAAUUUGCUACAAUGUGACAUGAAUGGAAACUGGACAGGCGAGCCAAACUGCACUAUAUUUGAUUGUGGAAAUCCAUCUCCUAUAAAUGGCGCGGUCAAUGUGUCAACGUAUACAUUUGGGACGGUUGCAGAAGUAAAUUGUACCGUAGGGCACACUAUAACUGGCAAUCCUGUUAUAACGUGUGGCAGUAACGGUAUUUGGUCUGACUCACCAAUAUGUGAUCCAGCAGAUUGCGGACACAUGUACGUAUCGCAUGGACUUGCAAACUAUUCAACAACCGUACUGGGGUCUGUGGCACAACUGAGCUGCGACGUUGGUUACAACUUAACUGGAGAUAGUACCAUAGCCUGUACGUCAGGAGGAUGGAACGGCACCGCAAUAUGCAAUAUCAAAGAUUGUAAGGCGAUCCAGUUUGAAAACGGAAGCGUCAGUCUCCCAAGUAAUUCCACAUACGGUUCGUACGCCGUGUUUAACUGUAAAGAAGGGUACACUUUGGCUGGUCCACAAAUCGCCUAUUGCCAAGAUGACGAAACUUGGACCCAAUUCCCAAAUUGUAGUCUCAUUGAUUGUGGAGAAUUUGAUGUGGAACACAGUGAAGAAUUGGUGCUGAACACAACGUACGGAUCAGUGAUGAACAUAACUUGCAAGGCUGGGUAUAAAAUACUUGGCGACCCUUCAGUAACGUGCCGUUCUGAUUCAUUUUGGAGUCCGUUUCCACUGUGUGUUCCUAUUGAUUGCGGGCGCCCACCGGUUCCAAGAAAUGCAUUUGCGAACUACACAUUGACGGUCUAUGGUUCAAAUGUCACGUUGUCAUGUGAAGACGGGUACACUUUAAUUGGCAAUGAGACUAUGUAUUGCCUUCCUAGCGGAUGGAAUGGGUCAGCGACGUGUCAAAUUAAAGAUUGUGGCAACAUGACGGUGUUGAAAGGUAUAUUGGAAACCCCCGGCGGUACAUUAUUUGGUGAUCUAGGAUUUGUAAGAUGUAAUGAAGGUUAUUCCAAUAGAGGCGAUAAUUUGCUACAAUGUGACAUGAAUGGAAACUGGACAGGCGAGCCAAACUGCACCAUAUUUGAUUGUGGAAAUCCAUCUCCUAUAAAUGGCGCGGUCAAUGUGUCAACGUAUACAUUUGGGACGGUUGCAGAAGUAAAUUGUACCGUAGGGCACACUAUAACUGGCAAUCCUGUUAUUACGUGUGGCAGUAACGGUAUUUGGUCUGACUCACCAAUAUGUGAUCCAGCAGAUUGCGGACACAUGUACGUAUCGCAUGGGCUUGCAAACUAUUCAACAACCGUACUGGGGUCUGUGGCACAACUGAGCUGCGACGUUGGUUACAACUUGACUGGAGAAAGUACCAUAGCCUGUACGUCAGGAGGAUGGAACGGCACCGCAAUAUGCAAUAUCAAAGAUUGUAAGGCGAUCCAGUUUGAAAACGGAAGCGUCAGUCUCCCAAGUAAUUCCACAUACGGUUCGUACGCCGUGUUUAACUGUAAAGAAGGGUACACUUUGGCUGGUCCACAAAUCGCCUAUUGCCAAGAUGACGAAACUUGGACCAAAUUCCCAAAUUGUAGUCUCAUUGAUUGCGGAGAAUUUGAUGUGGAACACAGUGAAGAAUUGGUGCUGAACACAACGUACGGAUCAGUGAUGAACAUAACUUGCAAGGCUGGGUAUAAAAUACUUGGCGACCCUUCAGUAACGUGCCGUUCUGAUUCAUUUUGGAGUCCGUUUCCACUGUGUGUUCCUAUUGAUUGCGGGCGCCCACCGGUUCCAAGAAAUGCAUUUGCGAACUACACAUUGACGGUCUAUGGUUCAAAUGUCACGUUGUCAUGUGAAGACGGGUACACUUUAAUUGGCAAUGAGACUAUGUAUUGCCUUCCUAGCGGAUGGAAUGGGUCAGCGACGUGUCAAAUUAAAGAUUGUGGCAACAUGACGGUGUUGAAAGGUAUAUUGGAAACCCCAGGCGGUACAUUAUUUGGUGAUCUAGGAUUUGUAAGAUGUAAUGAAGGUUAUUCCAAUAGAGGCGAUAAUUUGCUACAAUGUGACAUGAAUGGAAACUGGACAGGCGAGCCAAACUGCACUAUAUUUGAUUGUGGAAAUCCAUCUCCUAUAAAUGGCGCGGUCAAUGUGUCAACGUAUACAUUUGGGACGGUUGCAGAAGUAAAUUGUACCGUAGGGCACACUAUAACUGGCAAUCCUGUUAUUACGUGUGGCAGUAACGGUAUUUGGUCUGACUCACCAAUAUGUGAUCCAGCAGAUUGCGGACACAUGUACGUAUCGCAUGGACUUGCAAACUAUUCAACAACCGUACUAGGGUCUGUGGCACAACUGAGCUGCGACGUUGGUUACAACUUGACUGGAGAUAGUACCAUAGCCUGUACGUCAGGAGGAUGGAACGGCACCGCAAUGUGCAAUAUCAAAGAUUGUAAGGCGAUCCAGUUUGAAAACGGAAGCGUCAGUCUCCCAAGUAAUUCCACAUACGGUUCGUUCGCCGUGUUUAACUGUAAAGAAGGGUACACUUUGGCUGGUCCACAAAUCGCCUAUUGCCAAGAUGACCAAACUUGGACCCAAUUCCCAAAUUGUAGUCUCAUUGAUUGCGGAGAAUUUGAAGUGGAACACAGUGAAGAAUUGGUGCUGAACACAACGUACGGAUCAGUGAUGAACAUAACUUGCAAGGCUGGGUAUAAAAUACUUGGCGACCCUUCAGUAACGUGCCGUUCUGAUUCAUUUUGGAGUCCGUUUCCAAUGUGUGUUCCUAUUGAUUGCGGGCGCCCACCGGUUCCAAGAAAUGCAUUUGCGAACUACACAUUGACGGUCUAUGGUUCAAAUGUCACGUUGUCAUGUGAAGACGGGUACACUUUAAUUGGCAAUGAGACUAUGUAUUGCCUUCCUAGCGGAUGGAAUGGGUCAGCGACGUGUCAAAUUAAAGAUUGUGGCAACAUGACGGUGUUGAAAGGUAUAUUGGAAACCCCCGGCGGUACAUUAUUUGGUGAUCUAGGAUUUGUAAGAUGUAAUGAAGGUUAUUCCAAUAGAGGCGAUAAUUUGCUACAAUGUGACAUGAAUGGAAACUGGACAGGCGAGCCAAACUGCACUAUAUUUGAUUGUGGAAAUCCAUCUCCUAUAAAUGGCGCGGUCAAUGUGUCAACGUAUACAUUUGGGACGGUUGCAGAAGUAAAUUGUACCGUAGGGCACACUAUAACUGGCAAUCCUGUUAUUACGUGUGGCAGUAACGGUAUUUGGUCUGACUCACCAAUAUGUGAUCCUGCAGAUUGCGGACACAUGUACGUAUCGCAUGGACUUGCAAACUAUUCAACAACCGUACUGGGGUCUGUGGCACAACUGAGCUGCGACGUUGGUUACAACUUAACUGGAGAUAGUACCAUAGCCUGUACGUCAGGAGGAUGGAACGGCACCGCAAUAUGCAAUAUCAAAGAUUGUAAGGCGAUCCAGUUUGAAAACGGAAGCGUCAGUCUCCCAAGUAAUUCCACAUACGGUUCGUACGCCGUGUUUAACUGCAAAGAAGGGUACACUUUGGCUGGUCCACAAAUCGCCUAUUGCCAAGAUGACAAAACUUGGACCAAAUUCCCAAAUUGUAGUCUCAUUGAUUGCGGAGAAUUUGAUGUGGAACACAGUGAAGAAUUGGUGCUGAACACAACGUACGGAUCAGUGAUUAACAUAACUUGCAAGGCUGGGUAUAAAGUACUUGGCGACCCUUCAGUAACGUGCCGUUCUGAUUCAUUUUGGAGUCCGUUUCCACUGUGUGUUCCUAUUGAUUGCGGGCGCCCACCGGUUCCAAGAAAUGCAUUUGCGAACUACACAUUGACGGUCUAUGGUUCAAAUGUCACGUUGUCAUGUGGAGACGGGUACACUUUAAUUGGCAAUGAUCUUAUGUAUUGCCUUCCUAGCGGAUGGAAUGGGUCAGCGACGUGUCAAAUAAAAGAUUGUGGCAACAUGACGGUGUUGAAAGGUAUAUUGGAAACCCCCGGCGGUACAUUAUUUGGUGAUCUAGGAUUUGUAAGAUGUAAUGAAGGUUAUUCCAAUAGAGGCGAUAAUUUGCUACAAUGUGACAUGAAUGGAAACUGGACAGGCGAGCCAAACUGCACUAUAUUUGAUUGUGGAAAUCCAUCUCCUAUAAAUGGCGCGGUCAAUGUGUCAACGUAUACAUUUGGGACGGUUGCAGAAGUAAAUUGUACCGUAGGGCACACUAUAACUGGCAAUCCUGUUAUUACGUGUGGCAGUAACGGUAUUUGGUCUGACUCACCAAUAUGUGAUCCAGCAGAUUGCGGACACAUGUACGUAUCGCAUGGACUUGCAAACUAUUCAACAACCGUACUGGGGUCUGUGGCACAACUGAGCUGCGACGUUGGUUACAACUUGACUGGAGAUAGUACCAUAGCCUGUACGUCAGGAGGAUGGAACGGCACCGCAAUGUGCAAUAUCAAAGAUUGUAAGGCGAUCCAGUUUGAAAACGGAAGCGUCAGUCUCCCAAGUAAUUCCACAUACGGUUCGUACGCCGUGUUUAACUGCAAAGAAGGGUACACUUUAGCUGGUGCACAAAUCGCCUUUUGCCAAGAUGACGAAACGUGGACCCAAUUCCCAAAUUGUAGUCUCAUUGAUUGCGGCUUAUUUGAUGUGGAAAACAGUGAAAAUGUUGUACUGAACACAACAUACGGAUCAGAGGUUAACAUAACUUGCAAGGCUGGGUAUGAAAUGCUUGGCGAUCCUUCAGUAAAAUGCCGUUCUGACUCAUUUUGGAGUCCGUUUCCACUGUGUAUUCCUAUUGAUUGUGGGCGGCCACCGGUUCCAAGUAAUGCUUUGGUGAACUACACAUUGACGGUCUUUGGUUCAACUGCUAAAUUGGUUUGUGGAGACGGGUACACUUUGAAUGGCGAUGAUGUUUUAUAUUGCCUUUCAAAUGGAUGGAAUGGGUCGGCCGAGUGCAACUUAAUAGACUGUAGCGAACCCACGAUUCCUAAUGGAAAUGCUAGUCUUCCUACUGGAACUACAUACGGCGAAAUUGCAUUCGUGUCAUGUCUGUCGGGAUACGUUCUUCAAGGGGUUGCGUACAUUACUUGUGAGGCCGGGCCCGUUUGGAGUUCGCAACCAGAAUGUAUUAAAGAUUGCGGCAACCCAUCAACCGACAACGGCAAGAUAACACCAAUCAACGGCACGCUUUUUGGAGCUUUAGCCAAAGUGAUAUGCAACACUGGAUACAAUAGCACCGGGGACACGGAACUUGUUUGUGGGCACCCUGGAUGGAUGGGAACUGCAGACUGCACUAUUCAAGAAUGCGAGGAUCCUACACCUGCGAACGGAACAUUAGACGGACCGGAUGGAUUUUUCUUUGGGGCCUUCGUUUCCGUUGAUUGUGACACGGGAUAUGUUUUGUUCGGAGAUGGCUUGAUAAAGUGUCAGCACGGGCCAGUAUGGAGCGACUAUCCUGUCUGUACCAGAGAUUGUGGCAUGCCAUCCACCGACAACGGUAGGAUAACAUCAAUCAACGGCACUCUGUUUGGAGCUGUUUCCAAAGUGAUAUGCAACAAUGGAUACAACAACACUGGGGACGCCGAGCUUGUGUGUGGUCACCCUGGAUGGAUGGGAUCUGCAGUCUGCACUAUUCAAGUAUGCGAGGACCCCACUCCUUUGAACGGAACAUUGGAAAAGCCGGACGGACUUUCAUUUGGGGAAACAGUUUUCGUUCACUGUGAUACAGGAUAUGUUCUGAUUGGAGAUAAUGUGAUCAAGUGUCAGCACGGGCCUGUAUGGAGCGACCAUCCCGUCUGUACCAGAGAUUGCGGCAAUCCUUCUACCGACAACGGCAGGGUAAUACCAGUCAACGGCUCACUGUUUGGAGCCAUAGCAAAAGUGACCUGCAACUCUGGAUACAACAGCACUGGGGACGCAGAGCUUGUGUGUGGGCACCCUGGAUGGAUGGGAUCUGCAGUCUGCACUUUUCAAGUAUGCGAGGAUCCUACCCCUGAAAACGGAACCGUGUACAAACCGGACGGGUUUUCCUUUGGGGCCUCCGUUUCCGUUGACUGUGACACAGGAUAUGUUCUGUUCGGAGAUGGUUUGAUAAAGUGUCAGCACGGGCCGGUAUGGAGCGACCAUCCUGUCUGUACCAGAGAUUGUGGCAUGCCAUCCAUCGACAACGGCAAGGUAAUACCAGUUAACGGCACGUUGUUUGGAGCUGUUUCCAAAGUGACCUGCACCUCUGGAUACAACAGCACCGGGGACACGGAGCUGGUGUGUGGUCACCCUGGAUGGACGGGAUCUGCAGUCUGCAGCCUUCAAGUAUGCGAGGAUCCUACCCCUGAAAACGGAACCGUGUACAAACCUGACGGGUUUUCCUUUGGGGCCUCCGUUUCCGUUGACUGUGACACAGGAUAUGUUCUGUUCGGAGAUGGCUUAAUAAAGUGUCAGCACGGUCCGGUAUGGAGCGACCAUCCUGUCUGUACCAGAGAUUGUGGCAUGCCAUCCACCGACAACGGCAAGGUAAUACCAGUUAACGGCACGUUGUUUGGAGCUGUUUCCAAAGUGACCUGCACCUCUGGAUACAACAGCACCGGGGACACGGAGCUGGUGUGUGGUCACCCUGGAUGGAUGGGAUCUGCAGUCUGCAGCCUUCAAGUAUGCGAGGAUCCUACCCCUGAAAACGGAACCGUGUACAAACCUGACGGGUUUUCCUUUGGGGCCUCCGUUUCCGUUGACUGUGACACAGGAUAUGUUCUGUUUGGAGAUGGCUUGAUAAAGUGUCAGCACGGGCCGGCAUGGAGCGACCAUCCUGUCUGUACCAGAGAUUGCGGCAUUCCAUCUACCUACAACGGCCAUGUUACACCAGUCAACGGCACGCUGUUUGGGGCGGUCUCAAAAGUGACCUGCAACUCUGGAUACAACAGUACUGGGGACAAGGAGCUUGUGUGUGGUCACCCUGGAUGGAUGGGUUCUGUAGUCUGCACUAUUCAAGUAUGCGAGGAUCCAACCCCAGCGAACGGAACCGUGUACAAACCGGACGGGUUUUCCUUUGGGGCCUCCGUUUCCGUAGACUGUGACACAGGAUAUGUUCUGUUUGGAGAUGGCUUGAUAAAGUGUCAGCACGGGCCGGUAUGGAGCGACCAUCCUGUCUGUACCAGAGAUUGCGGCAUUCCAUCUACCUACAACGGCCAAGUAACCCCAUUGAACGGCACAUUGUUUGCAGCAUUAGCCAAAGUGAUAUGCAACUCUGGAUACAACAGUACUGGAGACGCCGAGCUGGUGUGUGGUCACCCUGGAUGGAUGGGAAAUGCUUCCUGUGAAAUCCAAGAUUGUGGAGAUCCAACGCCAGCGAACGGAUUGUCUGACAUACCUGUGGGAACCAAAUACGGUGCCGUUGCCGACAUAUCGUGUAAACCCAACUAUGUUCUUGUUGGCAAUGAUAGUUUAAUACACUGCCUCCACGGACCAAAAUGGAGUUACUACCCAAAAUGUAUUCGUGACUGUGGCAGUCCCGCUCCGGAGAAUGGCCGUGCAUACACCCCUUAUGGUACCACGGAGAACCAGACGGCCGCUAUAUCCUGCAACAGCGGGUACAACCUGAAUGGGAGUUCGAGUCUGACAUGUUUUGAUAGCGGUUGGAGUGGGAAGCCCAACUGUAUAAUCAAAGAUUGUGGCGAUCCAACCCCGGUUAACGGCUCGGCGGACAUACCGGAUGGUACGACCUAUGGCGAGUACGCCUUCAUCUACUGUGAUGACGGCUUUAACAUGAAAGGGAAGUCAUUGAUACAGUGUCUCGCAUCUGGAACGUGGAGUGUCAACACUUCCUGUGAAGAAGAUUCAGACAGAACAACUCUUCGACCGGGCGAAACAACAGUAUCGCCUGAUAAAAUUCUUCAGAGUGACAAAACCUUUGACUUCCAGACCGUGCUGAUCUUCAGUCUUGUCAUUGGAUUCCUGGUCCUCGUGGCCAUCGUCAUCGGCUGCGUCUGUCUCUACAUGACCAGGUGUAAACGCAAGAAGGAAACGCCUGAACCGAUCGACGAAAAUCAGUUUGGUCGCAGCAGCCAUCAAGAUGACUGGGUAGAGGAUGACGACUUUUACCCCGCCGAUCUGAGGGCACAUCCGCCUCCUAACAGCCGUGAAGCUGUCCCGCCGUUACAUUUCGGCCAUAGAAGCAACGUCGGCAUUGUUCCUCCAAUGACCAAGCAGACAGUUCCUGUGGAUGUCCUGGCUGCAGUUGAUGAGAAUUCAAAGCACACCAUACCGUUCAAAGGUCUAGGUCAUAAGAAAGGCCUGCCGCCUGUACCAGAAGAUCUCAGGCAGUUGCAUGACAGCACGCUCCCAAACUCUCGUCGAACGUCUCCCAUAGAGAAAAAGGUAGCCUUUGCGGAAAUAAGUGCACCUUUGGAUGAAAUAGACGAAAUUGCAAAGGCCAAUCAACAAACUGAAGUCAAUACUCUUAGCGCUGAUCUAGAACGAAGAUUGCUUGAUAGAAGUGAGCCGUUAAUUCGGACAUCCGCUGAAAUCAAACUCACCCCGAAAAGUGGUGCAGGAAAUGGCGCCAUUCCAAAACCUUCUGCAGAUGCAAAGAAGUCUACAGUAAAACCUACAUCUAAACUAUCAGAAAAGGUUCAAAUUGCUCGAAAGAAAUUGAAAUCUACAAUAACCUCUGUCAGUCCUAAAACAGCUAAACCGGGCAAGGCGAAGACAAUUCCACAUGUAAAAAAGGUUGAAUCUCAGAAAACUGUUGCAAGUGUAAAUUUGGUUACCAGUGAGGCCGAGCACAUCCCCAGCUUGGACGUCGCCCGUGCGAUCAUAAUCCCGACAUUUGACACCGAACCGAGUGAUGCUCCAGAACAGUCGCAAGAGACAGAAAAAACAACACCCGAAAACCGUGCGAGCAUUAUCCCGACAUUUGACACCGAACCGAGUUAUGCUCCAGGACAGUCGCAUGAAACAGAAGAAACAACACACGAAAACCGCCAAGAUAGAAAUGAGCACGACUCUAAUCCCAUAUUUACCAAGAAACUUCCAACAGAGAUGCAAAGCACGCCAGAUGAUACCAAAUUAGAUACAGGACAAGCGGAGAUAUAUGAUUUAGAAACGAGCCAAGCUUCACACGAGGAAUCUUUCGAGCAUAAACAGAAAGAAGAUAAAGAUACAUAUACAAUACAACCGUCUGUACAUGUGAUGUCACCCAGUCCUGAGCUCCCACCAAGCCCAAUUCCAUUGGUUCGAGACUUCCAAUCGCCAUCGCAAACAGGCUCCCCAGUGAAAACACUUCAUGUGCUCGAUGAAACUACUUCGGAGAGCAAGCCAGCAGAACGCACAGGGGUCCAUAGGACGGUUACCAUAUCCUCGUAUGCUCCGUCGACAAUGCCGUCCGUUGAGGACGUUCCGCAUACGCAGAUAUCGCCAUCGGGUUCCGAGAAGACCGCCGAGCAUGAUGGAACAUUGGACAAUACGCCGGAACCGUAUUACUCAGACUCAUUUUCAUCGGAGUCCGAAGAAGAACUCGCUCCGCCAAAACCACCCAAGCAUUUCUUUUUACCGGAAUCGCCUGACGUAUUAAGGAAAAUGGCUAUGCAGCAUGCAGCAGCAAAUCGCGAAGACAAUGAUGAAAUGGCCGAUCACAAUGAACGUCCCAAAACAGAAAAGCCGCAUAAGGCUACCAGUCCACAUCGCACGCGCGAGUCUUCUCGUCUCCUUACGUCAUCAUACGGUUCUCGACCAGCGGAAUCGGUGAAAGCGUACAACCCCGCUGCUGACCGUGAUAAGGAUGGUGAAAAGGCCAAGGAAAAGAAGAAGAAAGUGGAAGCAAUCAAGCGGGAAUUAGAACGGAAAAGAUCGGUUAGGCUUGGGGCCAUGAGCAGUGUAUAUGGUACUACAGUUAAAAGGUAGUGGAAACGAGACGUACUUAAAUAUCAAUGAUACAUAACUAUUUGGUUUUCUUUGUCAAUUUAUUGAACUGUGAACGAUGGACUCCUUCAAAUAUAAAAGAAGAACAAAAACGUUAUAGAGGACUUAUAUGUUUUAUUCUAAUAUUUAAUAUUGUGAUGUGUGUUUUACUAGCAGCUGUGAUAACCAAUGUUGCCUUUCAAAUUAUUAAUCCGUCCUAUUGUACAGUGUAACUUUUUACUUUUAUAUCAUAAAUGCAUUUAUACGAAG